CGAAGGCUGCUGCAGCCUGCAGGGGAGGGAGAUGCGUGGCUAUUUAAAGCCCCCCCCCCUCUUCAAGCAAGCGCGGAUAAAAUAUAAUAUUUAACACACAAGCUCCACGGAGCUCACCAGUCGCCUCCCAAAUGCUCGUUCUCAUCCGACUUGGUGGACGUUAGUCCGGACUGAAGAAAGCCAGCUGUGUUUUUUCUCCAUCUCUCCCUUUUCACCGAUAAGACGUCGGAGCUAAAACGCCCCUCAAAAGGAUGGGUAAAGAUUAUUAUAAAAUACUGGGCAUCAGUAAAGGAGCCACGGAGGAGGACAUCAAGAAAGCGUACAGAAAGCAGGCGUUGAAAUGGCAUCCCGACAAGAACAAGUCGGCAGCCGCCGAAGAUAAAUUUAAGGAGAUCGCCGAGGCUUAUGAGGUCCUCAGCGACCCUAAGAAAAGGGACAUUUAUGAUCAACAUGGAGAAGAAGGUCUCAAGGGAGGAAGCGGUCCUCCCGCUGACGGGCAAGGCAACACCUUCACAUACACCUUCCACGGGGAUCCUCACGCCACCUUCGCCACAUUCUUUGGGGGCUCAAACCCCUUUGAUAUGUUCUUCGGGCGCAAGGCCAACGGGCGUGAUGACGAUGACAUGGAGGUGGACGGAAACGAUCCGUUUGGCUCCUUCACCAGCUUCAACCUGAACGGUUUCCCUCGGGACGGACAAACCGGCCUCGGAGGACAGCAGCAGCAGCAGCAGCAGCAGCAGCAGUCGCGGCGCAAGCAGGACCCCGCCAUCAUCCACGAACUAAGGGUCUCCCUGGAGGAGGUGUUCCACGGCUGCACCAAGAGGAUGAAGAUCUCUCGCAAAAGGUUGAACCCAGAUGGCAGGACCAUGCGCACGGAGGACAAAAUCCUCACUAUUGAGAUCAAGCGCGGCUGGAAGGAGGGAACAAAGAUCACAUUCCCGCGGGAGGGAGACGAGUCGUCCAACGCCAUCCCGGCCGACAUCAUUUUCGUCAUCAAGGACAAGCCUCACCCUCACUUCAGGCGGGAAGGCUCCAACAUCGUGUAUCCUGUCCAUGUAAGCCUCAGACAGUCACUGUGCGGAUGCUCGGUUACCGUGUCAACGAUAGACGGCAACACGUGCAACAUGAAGAUCACGGACGUGGUCAAGCCUGGCAUGAGAAAGACUGUGGCGGGUCAAGGGCUGCCCUUACCCAAAAACCCGGAGCUGAGAGGAGACCUGGUGGUGGAGUUUGAUGUGAACUUUCCCGAAACGUUGCCCGGCAACGCCAAGGAUGUCCUUAAGCGGCAUUUACCGGCUUAGGGCCGAGCGGCGAUGCAGCGGGCGGGACUGGCAUCUCCACACAGGCAAAGGAGGAAUGUGAGAUAUCACCACUAUUUUUGGACGUUUUGGGUGUUUUUAUAAAUAUCACGCAUGCUGCCAAGACCAUUCUGUACGUACACGGACCUCUCUCCCUUGCCAUCACGCUCGCCAUAAAAGUUCUGGUGAAGCCCAAAAUGUGCUGUGCCAAACCAAUGCUUUCUUGAAGACGUGACGGGUUUCCUUUGGGAGUUCGGAGUCAUGAUUAUGUGCGUGUUGUUUAGAAAUGACCUUGUAAAGCUUGAAUUUUAACUGAAAUAUUUCCAUGUGAACUGAUAAAGCAUUGUA